CGCGUGCGUGCGCGUCCCCGCGGAGACGGGCAGGCGUCCGCCAGGCCAGAGGCUGAGGUGGCAGUGCCCCUGCCGACAUGGAGCUCCCGCAGAUGCCGGAGCUAAUGGGCCUGUCGCUGUUGCUAGGGCUGCUGGCCCUCGUGGCGACGGCGGCGGUAGCGCGGGGGUGGCUGCGCGCGGAGGAGGAGACGAACGGCCGGUCCGCCGGCCAAAAAGCAAACGGAUGCCCACCUGACAAGUCCUUGAAAUCCAAGAAGCAGAAACCGCAACAGCGGAUUCGCAAGGAGAAGCCUCAGCAACACAACUUCACCCACCGCCUUCUGGCUGCAGCAUUGAAGAGCCACAGUGGGAACAUAACUUGCAUGGACUUCAGCAGCAAUGGCAAGUACCUGGCUACCUGUGCAGAUGACCGUACCGUCCGCAUCUGGAGCACAAAGGACUUCCUGCAGCGGGAGCACCGCAGCAUGAGAGCCAACGUGGAGCUGGACCAUGCCAUCCUGGUGCGCUUCAGCCCUGACUGCAGAGCAUUCAUUGUCUGGCUGGCCAAUGGAGACACCCUCCGUAUCUUCAAGAUGAUGAAACGAGACGAUGGGGGCUAUACUUUCACAGCCACCCCGGAGGAUUUUCCUAAAAAGCACAAGGCACCCAUUGUCAACAUUGGCAUCGCUGACACAGGGAAGUUCAUCAUGACUGCUUCCAGUGACACGACCAUCCUCAUUUGGAAUCUGAAAGGCCAGGUGCUGUCCACCAUCAACACCAACCACAUGAACAAUACAUAUGCUGCUAUAUCCCCUUGUAGCAGGUUUGUAGCCUCAUGUGGCUUCACCCCAGAUGUAAAAGUUUGGGAAGUCUGCUUUGGGAAGAAAGGGGACUUCCAGGAGGUUGUUCGAGCAUUUGAACUGAAGGGCCACUCUGCAGCCGUGCACUUCUUCGCUUUCUCCAAUGACUCCCGGAGGAUGGCCUCUGUCUCCAAGGACGGCACGUGGAAACUGUGGGACACAGACGUGGAAUACAAGAAGCAGCAGGACCCCUACUUGCUGAGGACAGGCCGCUUUGAAGAAGCGAGCACCGUGCCGUGCCGCCUGGCGCUCUCCCCUGAUGCCCAGGUCUUGGCCUUGGCCAGUGGCAGCAGUAUUCAUCUCUACAACACCCGGCGGGGUGAGAAGGAGGAGUGCUUCGAGCAGGUCCACGGGGAGUGUAUCAGUGACUUGUCCUUUGACAUCACUGGCCGGCUUCUGGCCUCCUGUGGGGACCGGGCAGUGCGGCUCUUCCACAACACGCCUGGCUACCGGGCAGUGGUGGAAGAAAUGCAGGCCCUCCUGAAGCGAGCCUCCAAUGAAAGCACCCGCCAGAGGCUUCAACAGCAGCUGACGCAGGCCCAGGAGGCCCUGAAGAACCUGGGGGCCUUGAAGAAAUGACUCUGGGAGGAGGGACAGUAGGAAGGAUCUGACCUGCUGCUGCCUCCACUGCUGCCCUUUCCCUGAUACUCCCCAGCUGGAAGCCUUUUGAAAGGAGUGUCCUGAUUUUCCUAAUGGCAGCUUCUCUCUCCUUGUCCCCAUUGAAACUAUUCCGGCCUACUCAGAUCUCUCUCCUUGCUGGUGGUGACUCCUGGCCUACUUGACGACCUCCCAGGCUAAUGACCAAGGUGCUUUUCUUUUUCCUGGGCCCAAGGGUGGAGUCUGUUUUCACCAAGCACUGAGGAGACUGGUAAUUAGAAGAGAGAGAGCACUUGGUCUUUGACCUUGGGGCAACACACCCUGCUAUCCAAAGGAGCUUGUAAUUAUGGAGGCAAAACCCAGGGAAGACAGUGCUAACCAGCAGUCUUGCAGGGGUGGUGGGAGACUGAGAUUCCUUCCUAUUUCAGAACUGGGGAGUGGCUCAGGGAAAGGCUGAUCUUAACCCAGGCAAAGCGCCUAACUUCAUCCAGAAGUAAUUACGGGAUUUCAUUCUGUGCCUCAGUUUUCUUAUUUGUCAAAUGGAGAGUAAUUAUCUUUUGACCUCCUUCCUAGAUUUGGAAGAAAAGUGGAAAAGAGUCAUAAACUGUUAUCUGUUGUCCAAUAUCAUUUAUUAACUACUGAGUAAACCUGGGACUCAAAUAGGGCAGUUUGAAUCUCUUGGGAAAGCUAAGUUUCUGGGAUUUGAUUGAUUGUACAUUUCAUGUCUGCUUCUGCUUUAAGUUGGGUGGAGGAAUCACAGAAUCCCAAGAUAGGGCUCUUCUCUUCCAGGAGGUUAUAUCCUAUUUGAGGAGAACUUCUUUUAAGUUCAUCCAACAUUUGAGUGCCUAUUCUGUGCCCAGCAUAGCAUGGACACUGGAGAUGAAUAUGAAUAAGACAUGAUUUCUGCCAUCAAAGAUGGCUGGUGGAAGAGAGGUACACAUGUCUGUGAAGUGUUUUUUGUUAGUUUACUCACAGCUGGAGAAGGCUAUUGUAAAAGUCAAGGCAAGAGAGAGGACUGAAUCAGGACAGAGGCAAUGGCGUUGAAGGGGUAGAUUGAAUAGAUUGGGUAUUUAGAAGUUCACAUUUUUGGACUUUGAGGACUGCUUAGAUGGAAGAGGUAAGGGAAAUGAGGAAUCUAGGAAGACUUGAGCCUCAGCAAAAUUUAUCCAAAAUAAAUUCUUCCCUCUGCCUAAAACUUGGACCUCCCCUAAUCACCCCCAACUCAUAUAAACAUGUGAACAAAUCAUAGCCUUGGAGUUAUCCUCAGUUACUCCCUUUUCUUCACUCCCUCUGCCCUACUGCACGACUGCCAUCCACUCCAGCAGAAAAUGCUUUGGGUUCCAUGGCAGUAAAUCCUGAAUCUGCUACUUCUCUCCAUCUCUUCUGAUACCAUCCUGGUCCUAGCCACUGUCACCUAAAGGGCCACGAUAAUGUAGCUUCCUCAUUGGCCUUCCUGCUUCCUGGCUUGCCUUGUUAAGUCACUCUUGUACAUAGCAGGUUGAUCUCUGAAAAAUAUAAAGCAGAUCACAUCAUUCCCAAGUUAAAACCCUCCCAAGACUCCCCAUCACACACGGAAUAAAAUCCAAAAUUCUCACCGUAGCGUACAAGGUCCUGUGUAAUCCAGGUUCUUCCUCUUUCUGUGACCUUGUUACCACUCUCCCAGCCGUGCCAUGCCUCCAACCAGGCCAAGUUAUUUCCAGCUUCAGAGGGGACUUGUGCCUCUGUUCUUCCCUCUGCUUAGAAGCAUUUUUCCCUUCUCUUGGCAGGCUUGCAUUACUUAAUGCUAUCUGAAAUUAUCUUGUUUGGAUAUUUGUUGGCUUUAGGGGUGUCAGGUGGGUAAUAGAAGUAGGUGAAUUGGGCCACAGUUGUCUGGGUGAAAGACAGUAGGAAAAGGUGGGAACUGAAGUCACCUCUAGAGGGCCUGGGUCAGGGGCAGGGGUGGCUGCGACUUAAUAUUCAGGAAUCCAGCAGAAGUUGCCUGUUUCAGAGAAGCCAGAAGUUGGCAAUUUAUUAUAAAAAGGAAAACGUAAGCACUGUAGGAACCAAACAACGCUAAUGGCAGGGUGCAGCCCAGCAGUCUCUCAUUGGCUGCCUGGGGACUGUUCAUGGAGCCACUGGAAUGUGACAGGAGUCCUUGUCUGAUUUGCUGUGUAUCUCACACACAGUACCUGGAAUAGAGUAAGCGCUCAAUAAAUGUUGAACUCGAACCAGGGCAGCUAACAGAAAUUUCAGUACCCUCUGUGUAUUGUGGUUUUGUGUUCCCAGUUAGCACUGUGGUUUGAUGUUCCGGAGAACAGACUUAGGACUGAUAAUGCUGUGCACCUGGGUCCUGGUGACGCUGUGCUCUCUGACUGUCAGAAGAAUGAGACUAAAACUCUUCGCACUUCUGCUUGGCUCUGGCUUUACUCUCAUUGCUUAUCCAGGAGGGGCAGUGAUCACAGAAUGUUGAGUUACUGAAGUCAGAAGUCUUUGGUUCCAGUUUCGGCUGGGCACUUAUUGAACAGA